AUGGUAGCCAACAUUGAACUCACGGCACCUAACGGCCGGACCUUGAGUCUGCCAGUCGGACUUUUUAUCAACAAUGAAUUCGUGGAAGGAGUCAAAUCACAGAAGCUCACGAGCAUUAAUCCCGCGGACGAGAAUCCGAUAGCUACAAUUGAGAUUGCAACAGCCGAAGAUGUCGACUUGGCCGUUGCGGCUGCUCAAAAAGCUUUCUCACAUCCAUGUUGGGCCGGUUUGGAUGCUUCGAAAAGAGGAAAACUUCUCUAUGCCCUUGCCCAGCUCAUCAGAGACCAUAGAGAAGACCUCGCCACGCUCGAGGCCUGGGAUAACGGGAAGCCAUACAAGGCCGCACUAGAAGAAGAUUUGGAAGAAACAAUUACCUGCUUUGAGUAUUAUGCUGGGUGGGCAGAUAAGACCCAUGGCGCAGUUGUUCAGGGCCCGCCGGAGAAGCUGAUUUACACCCUGCGCGAGCCAAUUGGAGUUUGUGGACAGAUCAUCCCUUGGAAUUAUCCCUUGAGUAUGGCUGCAUGGAAACUCGGUCCAGCACUUGCGUGUGGUAACACGGUGAUCCUCAAGCCUGCUGAACAGACACCGCUCAGCGCUUUAUACCUCGCCCAACUGAUCAAGGAAGCUGGAUUUCCUCCAGGAGUAGUUAAUGUACUGAAUGGAUUCGGUUACGAUGUGGGCGCGGCUAUUGCGAAACACCCGGGCGUCGAGAAGGUGGCAUUCACGGGAAGUACGGCGACAGGAAAAGAGAUUAUGAAGCUGGCUGCGGGAAAUUUAAAAAACAUCACGCUUGAGACAGGAGGAAAAUCUCCCCUAAUCGUAUUUAACGAUGCAGAUCUUGACCAGGCAGCUAAAUGGGCAUAUGUUGGGAUCAUGAGCAACCAGGGCCAGAUCUGCACGGCAACCAGCCGGAUCUUUGUGCAGGAUACGAUUUACGACAGCUUCCUGGAGCAGUUUGUCGGUGUAAUUGAGCAGGAAACUCAUGUUGGAGAUCCAUUUGCUGAAGAAACAUCACACGGGCCUCAGGUGAGCAAAGCCCAAUACGAUCGUAUACUCAGCUAUAUCGAGCGGGGCAAGAAAGAGGGAGCUACUGUUCUACUUGGAGGAACUCGAUCUAGUUACCAGCAGAAAGGGUUUUUCAUCAUGCCUACAGUGUUUACUGAAGUCGCUGAUAACAUGACAAUCUACCGAGAGGAAAUAUUCGGUCCUGUGGUGGUGAUCUGCAAGUUCUCCUCGGAGGAUGAGGUCAUCCAGAGAGCCAAUGACACGCUCUAUGGGCUAGGAGGAGCGGUGUUCACCGAGAGUAUCACACGAGCGCAUCGGGUAGCUCAUCAGAUCCAGGCAGGCUCUGUUUGGGUCAACAGUAGUAAUGAUGGUGAUAUUCGGGCCCCCUUUGGUGGCAUGAAACAGAGUGGGAUCGGGAGGGAAUUGGGGCAAGCUGGUCUAGAGGGCUACUCGACUAUCAAAACUGUAUACAUCAAUACAGGACUUAGAAUAUAG